GACCAAACAUGGCGCCAGAACUUUCUCAGGUUGGACCGGUGGAUAACGAAGUUUGAGAGGAACAGAGCGGGGAUACGGAGAAGGAUAAGUGAAGCAUGACGGGAAGGACAUCUGUUAUCAUUGGGAUCUCUGGGGUCACAAACAGUGGGAAGACAUCCCUGACCAAUAAAAUCCGAGCUCAUCUGCCGGGAUGUCACACCAUAUGUCAAGAUUCCUAUUUCCUACCAGCCUCGGAUUCUCGCGUAGCCCAUAUACCAGAACUAAACAAUUACAAUUAUGAAGGAAUACAGAGGAUUAAAGAAGUGUUUUUAUUUUUAGUACUAAAUGCCCUUAACAUGGAAGCAAUGGUAGCAGAUGUCCUGUCAUGGAAAGAUGCUCAAAGUAACUCCACUCCUCUGGGAUCCACCCCAAAUGAUAUGUAUAGCAAUGUACUAAUUAUCGAGGGAUUUAGGAUGUAUGCAUUCAGGGACUUGGAGCAGCUCUUCACGAAGAAAUUCUUUUUAACCAUUCCAUAUGUUGUGUGUAAAGCCAGAAGGAGAAGAAGACGUUAUUACCCCCCAGAUACCCCAGGAUAUUUUGAGAAAUUUGUUUGGCCUGAGUCUAUUCUUCAUCAAAGAGAAAUACAGGACCAAGAUGAUAUAGAGUACCUUGAAGGAGUCGGUGAUCAAGAAAAACUAUGUUUGAAAAUGGUGUGUGAUAUCAAACGACUUUGUAAUGAUAAAAAUAAUUGGAAUAUUUAAUGUAAAAGUGAGGAAAACUCAAAAAUCAAGAUGUCAAAUUUUGUGAUAACCAAAGAAAGGUCUUGUCAAAUAUGAAAGCCAUAGUUCCAUCCACUCAAAAAGUUAUUGGCAAGCCUAAAGUUUGUUGCGGACAAACACACUAACAAGCAGACAGAU